AUGGUUUUGUACAAGCGUUGCAAUCGGGUUCAUUGUUGGCUUUUGGGGAGUUUGUGGAUCGUUAGUGCUAAAGAGUUCUUGGAGGUCCUAAUGGAAAACAUAAGCAAAAUCAUUGAAGUUAUGCCUAAAAUUGCAUCAAGGAAAGCUAAAGAUCGAACUGAAGAAAUCAAGCACCAGUAUCAUCAAUCGAUACUGGUGCAAAGCGUUUACAAAGCAGCUUUGACAACAGGUCAGAUUGUUGCAGUUAAAAGACUUAACAUGUCAAACUCUAGUGACAUCCCAGCAAGCAAUCGCAAGAGUUCUAAGAAUGUGAUUCAUGUGUUGACAAAAGUCAAGCACCGCAAUAUCAUUAGGCUUUAUGGGUUCUGUUCCAUUAAGGGGUUUAUGUACUUGGUUUAUGAAAAUGUGGAGAAAGGCAGUUUGGGAAAUGUAUUGUAUGGGUUGAAAGGGAAAGCAGAACUAGACUGGGGUAGAAGGGUGAAAAUUGUGCAAGGUGUGGCUCAUGCAAUUGCUUACUUGUACCAUGACUGCUUUCCUUAA